AUGGACUCGCUAGUCCUGGACCCAGACAUGCUUUCUUCCAUGCGUCAGCUCGUGGAAAACCGUCUGGAGACAAAUUUUGAUGACUUUGUAUCUGGUAAAGGCCAGGGACUCAUCGGCCUUCUCUGUGGUCCACCAGGCCUAGGGAAAACAUUCACAGCCGAAGCGAUUGCAGAAGUUGCUCGGCGGCCACUCUAUGCCGUGACGAGCGGCGCUCUUGGCUCAACUGCCCCUGAGAUCAACAAGAACUUAUCGGCAAUCUUGGGGCUGUGCGCGCAUUGGAAUGCUGUCUUGCUUCUCGAUGAAGCCGACAUCUUUCUCGCCAAGCGGUCGCUCGAUGACUUGGAGCGCAACGCCAUAGUCUCUGUGUUUCUCCGCGAACUGGAAUACUACCGGGGCAUCAUGAUCCUGACGACGAACCAACCUGAGCUGAUAGACCAUGCAAUUACAUUUCUGCUACACAUACCCUAUUCUGGAAGCUAA